UGGCAAAGGAUCAGUCUCGCCACAAGACGGCAAAGGGGUUAACAGGAGUCGAUCGCGCAGUAGGCAGUGCUCUGGCAGGCAGUGAGUUAGCAGAGCGGCGCCAAGAGAGGGAGUGAAAAACCAUCUCGAUCGCUGAGCCUCGUGUGGACGCAUACCAUUGCCGAUGUCUCAACACCUACAAGGGAGAUCUGUCGGACGCGGCGUGCUGACGCUGAUUCUGACUGCGCUGGCAGCGGCGAUGAUAGGUCACUCCGACGGAGCCGUCAAUUCCAGGCGCUUCAACAUUGGGGGCGUCCUCCACUCCAACCAGACUCGGCACUUUUUCAGCAAGACGCUCCUGAGGAUCAAUUUCGAUGGGGAGUCUGUGGCCGAAGAAACUACUCUGUACGAAGUGAUGGUGACGAUGCGAGGGAGCCCUAUCACCACCGCCCUCCUCGUGUGCGACUCCCUCAUAACCAAGGGUGUGUACGCGGUGGUAAUAGCAGGUUCCCCAGGCGAGUCGGUCACCACAGCGGCCGUGUCAUACACAACCGGGUUCUUCCACAUCCCAGUCAUUUGCACGUCCUCAAGGGACUCUGCAUUUUCUGAUAAGAACAUCCACGUGUCUUUCCUGAGGACUGUACCGCCAUAUAGUCACCAGGCAGACGUAUGGCUGGCGCUCCUCAAGCAUUUGAAAUACCGCCAAGCCAUACUCAUUCAUUCCUCGGACAGCGACGGCCGCGCUCUACACACGCGCUUCCAGAACCUGGCGCGCGGAGGCGAGGAGGACACCGGAAUUAAGGUAGCCUCCGUGGUUGAGUUUCGCCCUGGGUCGGAAUCCUUUGUAAAGGAGCUUACUGCCGUCAGAGAUCAGUUGGUCAAGGUCAUCCUAGUUUACGCCAGCCGUGAAGACGCUGAAACUAUAUUCCAUGACGCAGACUAUUUGAACAUGACGGACGGCGAUUUCGUGUGGAUAGUGACGGAGCAGGCUCUGGACUCCGCUCUCGUUCCCAUCGGCACUCUCGGCUUACAGCUCCGAUACGCCCACGAUGUACAAGCCCACGUUAACGACGCAUUGCGCGUCGUAGCUUUAGCGCUGAAGAGGUUACACGAGGACGAGGAGUUCAUUCAAGAGCCGCCCAUGUCUUGCGACGAAGAGGACUUUUGGGGAGACACAGGAAGAACGCUCUUCAGGAUGAUUCGAGAGCAGGUUCUGACUGACGGCAAGACAGGCAGGGUAGCCUUUGAUGAACACGGCGACCGCACUCACGCCGAGUACUCGAUCGUCAACGUCCAGGAGCGCAGAAUGCUAGCGACCGUUGGAGAUUUCCUUCAUCAGACAGGGGAUGCCAUGAACUUGUCGUUGAAUCUGUCUAGCAUCGUGUGGCCUGGAGGCUCCCACGCUCAACCCAGGGGGUACUCAAUGCCAACACACCUCAGGGUAAUGACCAUCCAGGAGACGCCUUUUGUGUACGCGGAGCCUGUCACCGACACCCAGAUGUGUUUAGCUGAGGACGAGGUGUUGUGUCCCUUCACCAAUAUUUCUACACAAGAAACAAAGCUCAUGUGUUGCUGGGGAUAUUGCAUCGACCUUCUGCUGGAACUGUCAAGAAUCAACAACUUUUCGUAUACUCUCGAGCUCUCACCAGACGGCCAGUACGGCGAAUACGACUAUAACGAUGAGGGGAAGAAGGAGUGGUCGGGCUUGAUCGGAGAGUUGACGCGAGGGGUGGAAGGCGUGGAUUUGGUUCUGGCGCCCCUGACCAUCAACCCCGAGAGAUCUCAGGCGAUCGAUUUUUCAAAACCAUUCAAGUACCAUGGCAUCACGAUUCUCAUCAAGAGG